UGCCCCCACUUCCGUUCCUGCGCGUUGCGGCUCCGGCGGGACGUGCUGACAGUCAUGGCGGCUUCUCGUUUACCGCCAGUGACGCUAACACUAAAGCAGUUCAUAAGAAGACAACAGGUUCUCCUUCUGUACAGAAGGAUUUUGCAGGCAAUCCGGCAGGUUCCAAAUGAUUGUGAUCGCAAAUACCUGAAGGACUGGGCAAGGGAAGAAUUCAAAAGAAACAAAAGUGCCACAGAAGAGGACACAAUCCGGAUGAUGAUAACUCAAGGCAACAUGCAACUCAAGGAGUUAGAAAAGACACUUGCAUUAGCAAAAUCUUAACUAUAGCAUUAUUCUGGAGGAUUAUCUAAACCGGCGUGUGUUUGGGUGAGCUUAGGCUCAAUGAUGGGCAGCCAAGCCAAAGCCAAGUCAGACUGUUUAUAUGUACAGGACUUGGGCAAAUUAACAUGGAGCAUGGCAUGUCAUAGACAACAAAGAAAAGAGCAUCAAAACAAUCCUUAGCAUCGAAGAUACGCCCUGAAUUUUGGAAAUGUUUCUGGAUAUGCCCGAGGGUUUUAAGAAGCAAAAACCAGUGCAACAAAUGGCCAAUAAGUACAUGAGAGGUUGCUCAACAUCAUUAGCCAUCAGGGAAAUGCAAAUCAAAACCAAAAUGAGAUACCACUUCACACCCUCUAGGAUGGUUAGAAUAAAAAAUUCAAAGAAUAUUAAGUGUUUGUGAGGACAUGGAGAAAUUGGAACCUUUGUACACACUACUGGUGAGGAUAUAAAAUGGCGAAGGUACUCUGGAAUACAAAUUGACAGUUCUCAAAAGGGUAAACGUAGAAUUACCCUAUGACCCAGCAAUUCCACUCCGAGGUAUAUACCCAAAAGAAAGGAAACUUGUAGAUGAAUGUCGAUAGCAACAUUAUGUAUAAUGGUCAAAAAGUGGAAACAGUCCAAAUGCCCAUUAAUGAUGAUGAAUGGAUAAAGUACAGUAUAACCAUACAAUAAAAUUUUGGUACAACAUGGAUGAAUCUUGGAAACAAUGCUAAGUGAAAAAAGCCAGUCACAAAAGAUCACAUAUUGUAUAAUCCCACUUGUAUGAAAUAUCCAGAAUAGGCAAAUCUAUAAAACAGCAGAUUAGUGGUUGCCAGCGUGGAAUGGGGAAUAACUUUUAACAGGUACAAGGAUUUUUUUGUGGGUAAUGAAAAUACUCUAAAAUUAGAUUGUGGUGAUGGUUGAGUAACUGAAUAUACAAAAAUCUUUUGAAUUAUGCAUUUUUUAAAUGGGUGAGUUGUGUGGUAUGUGAAUUAUAUCUCAAUAAAGCCAUUUAACAAACUAUCAGUACAAAGCGUUUUCGCAUGUGUGAAGUGAUUACGGGUACUUAUUAUAGGACAUGUUGGCUGUCUGCAUACCAUUUCCCCUUUCAGAUGUGCCGUGGGUAGGAAGUUUUAAACUCAUGGACAAGCAUUCCUGUGGAUUUGCCUGCACAGAGACAGAUGCCUAACUUUCUAAUACUUGAGGAAAGCAGGACAUGUUUUCCUGGUAUUUGUAUUAUAAUCACACAGCAGGAGAGGCUAAGAGGCACAGGGCCAUUCUUAGCAAACUUAUUUGUCUUACAUGGGUUAGGCAGGGAAGUGCCAGUAAAAACAAAGAGAAGUAGCCCACAUCUAUCCUGAAAAAGUAUGCUCGGGAUUAUGUAGAAUACAGACACAAAGAGGAUCAAAAGAGGCUGUCACGCCAUGCCAAACUAGAAAUCCUCAUGGGCUGUUUUCUUGCUUGAGUCAAGCCUUUGGGAAAUGAUAAUUGAAUUUACAAUUUUUGUUUACCAAGAAGAGUAAAUCACCUCUACCCACUCUUACUUGUAUAAAAAGUGCCAUGCUGUGUCUUAUUUUUGGUUUUCAUGGACAGAAAAUAUUUACGGUAAAGAAUACUUCCCCUUAAAGUUAACAACUGAAAAAAUAACGUUUAAUGGUUUUUUUUAUUUGUUUGUAAGAGAUAUUCUAAAAGGUCUUUAAAAAAAAAAAAACACACUUGAUUUUAUCCU